AAAAGAUGGCGGCGGUGGCUGCGAAACCCGACUCUCAGCGGGUGGGCUUCGUGGGCUUCGUGGGCGCGGGCCGCAUGGCGGAGGCCAUCGCGCAGGGCCUCAUCCGAGCAGGAAAAGUGGAAGCCCAGCAUGUGCUGGCCAGUGCACCAACUGAUAGGAACCUCUGCCACUUCCGGGCUCUGGGCUGCCAGACCACCCAUUCCAACCAGGAGGUGCUUCAGAGUUGCUCACUGGUCUUCUUUGCCACCAAGCCCCACAUCUUGCCAACUGUCCUGGCAGAGGUAGCCCCCGUGGUCACCUCUGAGCACAUCUUGGUGUCUGUGGCUGCUGGGGUCUCUCUGAGCACCCUGGAGGAGCUCCUUCCCCCAAACGCACGGGUGCUGCGUGUCUCUCCCAACCUGCCCUGCGUGGUCCAGGAGGGGGCCAUGGUGAUGGCCCGAGGCCGCCAUGCUGGGAACAGUGAGGCAGAACUCCUACAGACUCUGCUGGAGGCCUGCGGGCAGUGCGAGGAGGUGCCUGAGGCCCACGUGGACAUCCACACUGGCCUCAGCGGCAGUGGUGUGGCCUUUGUGUGCAUGUUCUCUGAGGCCCUGGCUGAAGGCGCCAUCAAGAUGGGCAUGCCCAGUGGCCUGGCUCACCGCCUUGCUGCCCAGACACUGCUGGGGACAGCCAAGAUGCUGCUGCAGAAGGGACAGCACCCGGCCCAGCUGCGCACGGACACGUGCACGCCCGGCGGCACCACCAUCCAUGGGCUUCACGUCCUGGAGCAGGGCGGGCUGCGAGCAGCCACCAUGAGCGCUGUGGAGGCUGCCACCUGCCGAGCCAAGGAGCUCAGCAGGAAGUAGGGUGCAAGUGCUGGACAUGGGCCACAGCUCCUGGGUGCCCAGAGCAGUCCUGCCACCCCUAUUCCCUUCUCCCUGCCCCUUCCUGAGGACUGUGGUUCUUUAACCCACAGGAGCCUCAUCGGCUACACCCCGCUUCUCGCAUGGGGAAAGUGAGGGAUAGGACUGAGGGAUAGGGGAUCCCUCAGCAGUCCCUCCACCCAGGCACAAGGCCUCAUGGUGAUAGUUCACUGUAAGUGGUGAUACACGUCUGAGGGCCUGGGCACUGGCCGGUUGGCAGAGACAUGAGCAGAGCCCUUGGCACAGGAGCAGCUAUGUGACCGCAGUCAGCUGGGGGACGUGGGGACAUAGGAAUUCACACAAGAGACCUGCUCCCUCAGUGAAGGCAGCGGUGCCAUGCUGCAGGUCUGUCCUGUCACUGGGUUGGCUUGUGGCCAGGUUGGGGUGCUGCUCCAGGUUUGGGAGGAUGGGCCUUGGCCAGUGGGCACUACCAUCUAGCUUCAGCUGGGUGUUGGCCUCUCCCCCAGACCCUAAGCUCCUGGCAAAUGGCUUAGGUGGAGCUGACUCUGAUGACACUUCUUGGUCAGGAGUCCUGGAGGAUCACAAGACCCGGCCUCUGACUGUAGGACCUGGCUCUCCAGCAUGUCCCUGAACAGACCAACAGGCCAGGGACUGGGGCCUGAAACAAGGCCAUGGGGCCUUCAGCAGUGGGGGUGAGGGGGUAUUUGCACCUCUGCCCCUAUACUGCCCCCGAGGCUGGUACCUUGCCCAAAAAGGCCCCAGAGGCUGGAGCUCCCCCGGCUUUUACCCAGUUCCCGCUGCCACCUACCAGGGGAGGCUUCAGGAAAGGAACCUGCAAGGCGUCUGAGGCUCCCACGCAGCAGCUCUCCCGAGCUGACCUGGUGGUCUGCCAUCUGCUGUCCAUGACCCCUUCUUCCCGGGCCUCCAGCCCCCACCCUGUUCCUACCUUCCUUUGGUCCGACCUGGGCCUGCCACUUGUUAGAAGGGUCAGCCUGAGUUCAUUUCCAUGGCAGGUUUCUUUACCUGUGAAACGGGAAUAAAACUGCUG